CCCGGAGCUGGGACAGCCAUGCAGGCUCGUUACUCCGUCUCGGAUCCCAACGCUCUGGGAGUGGUGCCCUAUUUGAGCGAGCAGAAUUACUACCGGACGGCGGGCACCUAUGGAGGCAUGGCCGGUUCGCUGGGAGUCUACGCCGGCCACCCGGAGCAGUACGCGGCCGGGCUGGGACGCUCGUACGGGCCCUACCCGGGCCACCAGCCGGUGCAGGCCCCGAAGGACCUGGUUAAGCCGCCUUACAGCUACAUCGCGCUGAUCACCAUGGCCAUCCAGAACGCGCCGGAGAAGAAGAUCACGCUCAACGGCAUCUACCAGUUCAUCAUGGAGCGUUUCCCCUUCUACCGGGAGAACAAGCAGGGCUGGCAGAACUCCAUCCGCCACAACCUCUCGCUCAACGAGUGCUUCGUCAAGGUGCCCCGCGACGACAAGAAGCCGGGCAAAGGCAGCUACUGGACCCUGGACCCGGACUCCUACAACAUGUUCGAGAACGGCUCGUUUUUGCGCCGCCGGAGGCGCUUCAAGAAGAAAGACGUCUCCAAGGAGAAGGAGGAGAGCCCGCGGGAGAAACACCACAAGGAGCCGGUCAAGGCGGCCUCCGAGCUGGCUAAGGAGCUCCCCGCCGCCUCGGCGCCCGUCCCGGCUUCGUCGGAGAAGAAAGUGGUCAUUAAGAGCGAGGCGUCGUCGCCCGAGCUGCCCGUGAUCACCAAGGUGGAGACGCUCAGCCCGGAGAGCGGCAGCGCCCUGCAGGACAGCCCGCGCAGCGUGGCCUCCACGCCCUCGCUCUCCACCGAGGGCUCGCUGCCCGGCGAGCCCCACCAAGCCCACCCACACGCUCACCACCACCCGUCCGCCGGCGCAAACGGCUUGCCGGGCUUCAGCGUGGAGAACAUCAUGACCCUGCGGACGUCGCCCGGCGGCGAGCUGAGCCCCGUGGGCAGGACGCCGCCGGGCCUUUGCGCCUCCUCCUCUUUGCCCCUGGGCUACGGCCAGGCGCCCGCCUCGUCCAUCUACAGCCAGGCCUGCAGCCAGGGGGGCUUGGGCGAGGCCGGGGGCAGCUACCAGUGCAGCAUGCGCGCCAUGAGCCUCUACACGGGCGAGCGCAACGCGCAUCUCUGCGGCGCCGGGCCGCUGGAAGAGGCCGGCAAUUCGCUGUCGGAACCCCCGCCGCAAGUGGCCAACGGCGCCCCCUCGCCCCUGGCCGGCCUGAACCUGGCUCAGGGCGGGCAGCAGCAGCAGCAGCAGCAACAGCAGGAGAGCUCCCUACCUCCCAGCAACCACCACCACCAACCGGCGCAUCACCACCAACACCAUCAUCCGCUCCCGCAUCACCAGAGCCCGGGGCAAGCCGCCGCCACCGCGGCCGCUGCAGCCGCCGCCGCCGCCUCCUGGUACCUCAACCACGCGUCGGACAUCAACCAGCCUCUGCCCAGCCACACCUUCGGCGCCCAGCAGCAGAGUUUCCCCAACGUGCGGGAAAUGUUCAACACUCACCGGCUGGGAUUAGAGACCUCGACGGCGCUGAGCGAGCAACAGGUGAGCCACUCCACCUGCGAGCUCUCCUACCGGGCUCCGCCCUCCAUUUACCGCCACUCCGCCCCUUAUUCCUACGACUGCGCUAAAUACUGACCUGCCUCCGGGUUAAGCAGGCAGGCAGACAGACAGACAGACAGAGAGAGAGACCCGGGAAAGGGGGCCUGGCCCCCAACACAGCAGGCGGA